GCUCUGGGGGUGCAGCGGGGGCACCGAUGGGGGGGCCUGGGGGCACCGGGGGAGGGAACACGGUGGGUCUGGGGGGUGUUGGGGUGAGGGCCGGUGGGGGUCUCCCCAUGGGCUCUGGACCUGUCCCUGUGUGCCAGGUUCCCCCCAUAUAUGACCCCCGUGUGCCCCCCGAGCACACCAAUGGCCUUUGGGCCCUCCACGUGUCCCCACAUCCCCAAGGCACCCCCAGAUGUUUCCCACAUGACACCCCAUAGCCAGCCCAGUGUCCUUCCUGAGCCGUUCCCCAGUGCCGCCCGCAGCCCCUUUCCCACGGGGAUGGAGGGGCGUGGGGAGGACGAGGUGACACCCCCAGACGUGUCCCACACCCCCCGGCACACGUCCCGUUCCCCCAGACGUGCCCCAUGUGUGUCCCUGUGCCCCUCGCACACCACGCGUGUCCCCACGCCUCGGGGCACCCCACAGACCAGCCGGGGGGUCCCCGGCGCCACCGCAGCCCCGCUGUCCCCCCAGGACCUCCCCGCAGGGAUGGAGGGGCGCGGGGAGGAGGCGCCGGAGCCGGAGGUGUCGGAGCCCUCAGAGGAGGAGGAAGAGGAGGAGGAGGAGGAGGAAGAGGAGGAGGACGACGGCUCCGGGGUGCGGGUGACGCCGGCGCUGCUGAAGGCCACGACGGGCGAGUUCUCGCUGGAGUCCAUCCUGCUGCUGCGGCUGCACGGCCGCGGCAUCGCCCACCUGGGCUGCCUGGCCGACUGCUCCAACCUGGAGUGGCUGGACCUGUCCGGCAACGCCAUCGCGGGGCUGGCGCCGCUGGCCACGCUGCGCGCCCUGGCCGUGCUCAACCUGGCCGCCAACCGCGUGGCCAGCGUGGAGCCGCUGCGGGGCUGCGGCAGCCUGCGCCGGCUCAACCUGGCUGGCAACCGGCUGCGCAGCCUGCGCCAGCUGCGCUGCCUGCGGGGCCUGCGGCACCUGGAGAGCCUGCGCCUGCGGGACCCGCUGGGCAACCUGGGCAACCCGCUGUGCGCCGCCGCGCCGGCCUACCGCGCCGCGCUGGCCGCCAUGCUGCCCGGCCUCAAGGCCAUCGACGGGCAGCGCGUGGCGGGCCGCGGCAGCGAGCUGUUCCGCCUGUGCCGCGCCGACGACUCCAUCGCGCAGGCCCGGCGCGCGCUCGGCCGCCGGCAGCACGGCGACUUCGGAUUCUGAGCGCCGCGGGGAACCGGCACGGCCCCACGGCCUGCAUCGUCUGAGCCGGGGCACCCCGGAGAUGGGACCGGAGAACCCCAAAGCCACCACAGCCCAAAGCCACCCUCAUCGGAGCCACAGGACCCCAAAAACUGGGCCAGGAGAACACCCAGAGCCACAACAGCCUGAGCUGAGACCCCAAAACCAGGGCUGGGAUAGCCCCAGAGCCAUCAUGAGUCCAGCUGCUUCAUCUUCCGAACUGUGAGACCCCAAAACCAGGUCUAGGAGCCCCUCAGUGCCACCCCUGCCCAACUUCAUUUCCUUAGCUGUGGGAGCCCAGAAAUGGAUCCAGGAAAGCCCCAGAGCCCACGCUGUCACCGUGAGACCCCCAGAGCCCAGAAAUGGAUCCAGGAAAGCCCCAGAGCCCACCCUGCCACCGUGAGACCCCCAGAGCCCACGCUGUCACCGUGAGACCCCCAGAGCCCAGAAAUGGAUCCAGGAAAGCCCCAGAGCCCACGCUGCCACCGUGAGACCCCCAGAGCCCAGAAAUGGAUCCAGGAAAGCCCCAGAGCCCACCCUGCCACCGUGAGACCCCCCAGAGCCCAGAAAUGGAUCCAGGAAAGCCCCAGAGCCCACCCUGCCACCGUGAGACCCCCAGAGCCACCACAAGCCUGUCUCCUUCCCCUGGGGGACCCCCCCACUGGAGCUGGGGUACCCCCAGAGCCCCCCCACCCAGCACAGCAUCCCCAGGGAGCACCAGGGGAGCCGUGGGGAGCCCAGCCUCGGCUGUGGGACCCUCGGGGACAGUGGUGGCACUGCGCAUUAAACAUG